GUGUGUGUGUGCGUGCGUGCGCGUGCUUGAGAGAGAGAGUGUGUGUGUGUGAGGUGUGUUGGUUGUGGAUGAUGAACAGUAUGGCAAACAUCGCGGUUCAGCGGAUCAGACGGGAGUUUAAAGAGGUUUUGAAAAGCGAAGAGACGAGUAAGAAUCAGAUUAAAGUGGAUUUAGUGGAUGAGAACUUCACUGAACUGAAGGGAGAAAUCGCCGGACCGCCAGACACGCCGUAUGAAGGUGGCAGAUAUCAGUUAGAAAUAAAGAUUCCUGAGACGUAUCCAUUUAAUCCUCCAAAGGUGCGGUUUAUAACAAAGAUCUGGCAUCCCAACAUCAGUUCAGUGACGGGGGCCAUUUGUCUGGACAUCCUGAAGGAUCAGUGGGCGGCGGCCAUGACCCUUCGGACGGUGUUAUUAUCACUGCAGGCUCUUCUGGCUGCAGCAGAACCGGAUGAUCCACAGGACGCUGUAGUUGCCAAUCAGGUAUAUACUGUGUGUGUGUGUGUGUGUGCGUGCGUGCGUGCGUGCGCGUGUGCGUGUGUGUGCGCGCGUGUGUGUGCGUGCGUGAGUGCGUGUGUGAGUGAGUGAGUGCGUGUGUGCACGUGUGUGUGUGUG